CUUUCUAGCUGUAGUUAAGCAUAAACUCAGUAACAAGUAGCCGAGCAGACACAUUGAGAGACACAGAGGCAGAGAGAGGGGGGACAAAGGAGACAAGUGGGUACAUAGAGAGACCGAAAAGGAAAGAGGACUGAUUUUCUCUCUAAAUCUGCUAUCAUGGAGCAUAUCUUACAACAGUUUUUCUGUCUACUUGGAUUUAUUCUGUGCUUGUACUUUUUGUUGAAAUGUUUGGGAUUUUCGAAGUACCUAUUUCCACAUCUAUGGGGAGCUUUGCCGCUGUCCUUUUUUCGAUCAAUGGGCGAAUGGGCAGUUGUGACUGGGGCUGGAGAUGGUAUUGGUAAAGCAUAUUCAAUUGAGCUUGCUAAACGUGGGAUGAAUAUUGUAAUGAUCAGCCGAACGGUUGAGAAAAUGAACACAGUUGCAAUGGAAAUUGAACAUUCAACAGGGAGAAAUGUCAAGAUCAUACAAGUUGACUUCACAAAAGGCAGUAUUUAUGAAUACAUAGAAGAAAGCUUAAAUGGUCUGGAGAUUGGAAUUCUGGUUAACAAUGUUGGAAUGCUUCACAACCCAGAACCGUGUCGCUUUCUCAAUGGACCAGAAAAUGAUACGAAUCUGAUAAACUGCAACAUCCUUUCUGCUGUUAAGAUGACAAGAAUAAUUUUAAAGCAAAUGGAAGAAAGGAAGAGAGGUCUUAUUUUGAAUAUAUCUUCUGCAUUUGGAUAUUUCCCUUGUCCACUCUAUUCUCUCUAUAGUGCUUCUAAAGCUUUUGUUACAACAUUUUCUAAAGCCCUUCAAGCUGAAUAUAAAUCAAAGGGGAUUAUUAUUCAGGCUGUGACACCAUAUGGCGUCUCUACUGCAAUGACAAAAAGAAUAGACACAAAUAUCUUUACCAAAUCUGCAGAAGAUUUUGUAACGCAGUCACUGAGCUACAUAAAACUUGGAAACGAGACAUUUGGCUGUCUAGCACACGAAGUUUUGGGACGUCUCAUUAAUUGUAUUCCUCUGUGGGUGAUCCAUAGCACUGCCGUUCAAGAAUUCACCUUAAAUGUCUUAACUAAAAAAUUUAGAAAGGAACCAAAAAACAUGUAAAGCUAUUUCUGCACAGAUGAACAAAUAGAAUAAUGUGAAAAAAAGAAGAAAACAGAGCCAGAGAAUGCACGCAUUGCUUAGUGAAUUAUUUAUUCUAUGCACACAAAAAAAACAUAGCUU